AUGAAGUUUGGUAAGAGCCUUAUCGAGUUGACGAUUCCCGAAUGGAAGUCAUAUAACCUCGAUUACAACGACUUGAAGAGUCAGAUCCGUUUGGUGUCUGAAUCCCAGGUGAGUCUCGCGUCCCUCAACCGCAAGUUUCUCCUGAACUUUGAGGUUAUCAACAUGUUUGUAAAGACCAAACACGCAGACAUCUCCCGCAAGCUCGAGCACUACGACAACAGUUUCGAUGCCCUUUUGGAAAAUGAUGAUGGCGCCAAUGUUAAGUUAAUAAAGAUGGAUAUGUUGGUUCUGAGUCUCAUCGACUUGUCAAUCACCCUCAAGAAACUCUCCAAGUUCAUUUUAAUCCAGAAAAUAGCCGUGAAGAAGAUCUUCAAGAAGCUUCUGAAGAAGCACCCGGACCCGUACGUGAGCUCCAAGAUCAUCUUCAACUUGAAGUUGGUACUCAACCGCGAUCGUCAAUCGUUUGUGAACAUCAGCUUGGUGGACCUCACGCUCAGACUCACCAAUAUGAUCAACUUGAUCAAAUUCGAGAUGAAUAAGCUCCGCCACAAAGACCAGGAACUCGAGCAGGACCCGAUGUUCUCGGAGGGCGACGGGAAGUUGACCAACUUGAAAUUUGACUUCAACGUACUUUUGAAGAAGAACUUUCUGUUGACCUUCAUUCUCCCCGACGAUUCCAGCAACUUCAAUGAGGUUUUGUUGAACAUGAACAUCUACUUGAGUUUCCAGCGGCUUUCGGAAAAGGAGUCGACCAACUCGAUUAUUUUUUUACAAAACGACGAGAACUUGUCCAGUCAACCGUCAUAUGUGCUCUCGGAGUUGGGAGAGACCUACUCGUUGAUAAUCAGUCAUAUUGGCGGGUUGCGCAAAUUCAGCUAUUGCUACCUUCCCAACAACAUCAUUGAUCUGAUGUUCAAGUAUCUCCACAACUCUAAUAACGAGGAAUGUGAAGAGGAACUUAAAGAGUACUUCCGCACCCACACCGUCAACUCGUUGACCAAGUUGACAAUCGAUUCGUUACUCAACAAGAACUUGAAACCCAAGGUGAAGGUAUACACAAAGACCUUGCGGUACUACAUCGACAAAUAUUCGCUGGUGCAGCCUGAUAAUCUGGGAUUAUUGAGUGAGCCGCUUCAGGACGACUACUUGUUGAACUUACGGUAUGACAUCUGUACCACCAAUGCCGUGGGGCAGAUCAACACCACGGACUUCAACGUAGACGAUCCAGACCUCGACAAAUUCCCCUUCAACUUACUCGAGCUUAACUCCAACGACUCCAACUUGUUGCGGUUUGAAAAGACCCUAUUGACAGAAAUAAAGGAUGACAACCAGUUGGUGAACAAGUUCUCCAUAGGCCAUUUGGGUAAACUUCCUGACCCCAUCCAGAAGUUGAUCAAGAACAACAAUUCCAUCAACCUUUUCCGCAACUUCAACCUCUACCAGUAUACGCUUUCGUCGUACUACAACGUGGUGCCUCAGGAUAUCAACAACCACUUCUCCAAGUUGCUCAACAUGAAUUUGUUCAAAAGCUUUGAGAACAUUGAGAACUUCAACAACGACUUGAGCUUUGACUCAUACAUUUUAAAGGAUAACACCGACAAAAUGUUGAAGAACCAAUUGUCGUUGAACGACCUCGAGCACCAAGCUAAGUUGCUGAAGCAGAAACAGUCAAAGGCAUCAAAGGCUUCGUCCCAGUAUAGCCUGCGCCCCAACCUCAAGAAGAACAGUUCCCUCCAGUCGAUGUCUUCUUCCUUCAACUUGUCUGUGUUCACCAAUGAUAAAAGCAGGCCCAACGAGUUCGAUGACUUGAUAGAGGAUGAAGACAAUGAUAGCCUCCGGAUUUUCUGGAACGAAGAACCAGAAGCACGGUUCAAAAGAUCCAAUUCCAAUUCCAACCUCAGUAAUUUUGUGUUGAACCUAAUUCACUUGAAGUCUCGAAUGAACCGGGUCGGUGAAACCACCUCACUUCGAGGCUCUAAUGACUACAUAAACGACUACCAGUCGGUAUCGGUCAACUCCAACUCAAACCAGAGCGUCGACUAUUAUACCACUUUGAACCAUUAUUACUAUGAGCACGACAAGAUCUUGUCAUUUUUCUACUUGACAUUGAGCUUUUCGUCCAUUUUCAUUGCCAGUGUCGAGUUCGGGUUGACCUUCAGCAUCUUGAAACUCCAACAAACCAAUCAGUUCCAGGUGAACGAUAACAUGUGGUUUUUCGGCAUCCUUUCCAUUGGCAUCAUCAUCUCGUUCAUCUGCUCCAUGCUUGCAUUCAACCUUAUUUUCAAACGAUUCUCUGCCCCGUCCUGUUUACACUACGGGGUCAUUGUGAUCAGUUUUGCAUUGAUCCUUUUGUGUAUUAUACUAUGUGCAUUGCUCUUCUUUUUAUAA